UAUUCUUAGAAUUGGAACGAACAUAAUGCUUGCCCAAGAUCCCGUAAGAAAACAUAUCUUUAGCCUCUAGCUUUUGCUACAAACUUCCCAUUCAUUUUACAAUCUAUCAUAUUCCUUUCUUUCUACAUGCAACAAUCCUAUACUUCAAGUGUUACUCUACAUAUACACCUAAAACCUUAAAACACCUAUGUGUAAAUGUGUUUAUCCAAACUAAAAACCCAUCUCAUUCCUUCAAUUCACCACUCAUAAAAAACACACGAAAAACAUAUAGCCGCGAGGAAUGAACCACCCCAACCACGGCCACCUCCCGAUCCACGGAGACAAUAACAGACAACAACCAUACUACCACCGUACCCACACGGUCCGGUACUACGCCCACCGGGUUAAGGAGAGCCUAAGCACAAGAGUCUCCAAAUUCAUAUGCACCAUCUUUUUAUUUAUCUUCUUUAUUGCGGGCCUAAUCGCUUUUAUCAUUUGGCUGGGCCUCCGUCCACAUAGGCCCAGGUUUCACAUUCAGGAGUUUUCCAUUCCAGCUUUGGCCCAGGCCCAACAAUCUGCGCCACCGGAAAGUGUUGCUGUUAAUUUCAAUGUCACAAUCCGCAAUCCAAAUCAUAAGGUAACAGUCCACUAUGAUUCAAUAGAAUGUGCAGUUUUCUACAAAGAACAACAAAUUGGUGGAAUCCCAUUGGUAACGAGUGAGUUUGAUCAAGAGUCCAAAUCUACAGUAAUUCUUCAAACGGGUUUAGGAGGGCCCACUUUGACGGCCAAGAUUCAACGGUGGGCGGAGAUGCAAAAAGAUCUAACGGCUGGGUUCGUCCCAUUUCGACUUCAAAUUACAUCAGUUUUUAAAUUCGAGAUAUUAUCUUGGGGUACUAAGAGUAAAACACAUAAAAUGCAUGCUAAUUGUGUUGCUCAAGUUGGCCCUAAUGGUCUGCUCUUGCCUCAUUUAGUCGGAACAAAAUGCCCUGUUUAUUUUACUUAAUUUAUUUUUUGAUUAUUUUUUUGUAAUGUUUGAUUGCAUUUAGUGAGAUGCAAUUAUUUUUUUAAAAUUAUAUUUAUGUAUUGUAAUAAGUAUAUUUUUGGGAAUUCUUUGGAGGCUUAUUUUGCCUAUUGUAAUUACUAAUUAUUGGUUGUUUCUUUUUUUUUUUUUUUAAAAAAAUAAAAAAGAAAUUGUGAUGUUGUUGAAUGUUGUCAAUUGUAAUAUUUCUGCUCCUUAAUUGAUUUUUUUUGUUUUUAUUUUUUUAAAAAGCAAGUUAAAUAGUAAUGUUUAUGAGUUUCAAAAGAAGCAAUAUAAUUUUUUUCAUACUUGCAUUUUCUUUUGUUUAAGUUCUUGUGUAUGGCUCACUUGGUUUUAUUAGUAUAGUGUAAAAAUAAACACAACAAUUUGACAGGUUUUUAUAACUUAUGGUAAAAUUAUAAGGCUUUAAAUUACCCGAUUUAAUUUUAAAAUAACAACAACUCCGACUAUACUUCCUUUUAAUUCCUUGAUAUGAAUAGUUCAAAUUAUUAAUUAC